AUGGCGGCGGUGCGGGAGCUGGUGGACCAGCCGCUCAAGGGCCUGGGCGAGCUGUACGAGAACUCGCUCAAGGCCAUGCUGGUGUGCGGGCUCGAGUUCUACCUGUCGGCGUCGCUUGUGGCGUCCUUCUUCCAGUGCCCCGACGAGACUGUGCAGGCGGAGCAGGAGCUGCAGACGCUCUACACGCUGGCGUGGGUGCCGCUGCUCUUCUCGACGGUGCUGGUCUACGGGCCCAAGAUCUCAAGCACCAUCUUCCCGUCGCCCGAGAACUUCGAGCGCAACAUGCUGCGCUGCAAGAUCCUGACGUGGAUCUACGCCUUCGUGUUCCUCAUCUGGGACCCCGACAUGGUCGUCAAGACGGGGCCGUCGCUCGGCGUCUCCAUCCUCUUCUGCGUUGCUGAUGUGGGCCGCUUCGUCAUGGACAUGAAGCAUCUGACGGAGGUCGAGUACGACGAGAACGGUAACUCGUUCAUCAUCCACGACAAGCCUUCGCUGCAGCAGCAGUCGUCGCCAGCUCAACAGCCUCAGCACGCGUACCACCAACCGGAGCAGCAGUAUCAGCCUCAAGAGAACCGACAGCAUCCCCAGCAACCGCAGAAGCAGGAUGAAAACUACACUGUUCAUGUCAUUGGCGGAGCUGGACAGGACCAACCGUCAAAGUCGUGGCAAAACAGGCAACAGAGCUUCACGCAGCCAGUCCCAAAUUCACCGGAGAAGCAGCCUCUAGGACAGAAACCCCAGGCGCAGCAGCAGCAAGGACCGCCGGCUCCAUUGUUUGGCGGUUCUAAUAAGGUUGGCAGUCGGCGACUUUUAGGAUCCUCUCGCAAAGGCAAGCGCGGCAAGGAUCUGGGACUCGAUCAGUCUCCGUCGGCCAUCAAGAGCGAGUACGUCGCUGUUCUGGACCCGAAUGCUGAGAAGGAAGCCGCAGAGCUCGUCGCAAAGAAAUCCUUCACGUAUGAGUUUUAA